GUCAUCUCAUUUGCAUAACAUAGUUGUGGAAACAGUCAACAUGGACGUCGAUUGUGUCAAUUCGGACAGUGAUAGGUGACUUGUUUUCAUUAUUAUUUGUGAGAUAUCGUCGUAUUGACGUUUAAAACAGACUGAUCCUGAAGAUAUUGAAAUGUGCAACAUGAUCGUGGAGAAAUAUUUGCAAAACAGUGUCACUAUAAGGAGGCUACAAUGUUGACAGAUACAGCAAGAGGAUAUUAUUCUAAUAAUAAAUACCAGAUCCUAGAACAAGAGCAGUUAACACGGAUGAAAGAUGUGGGAUCUGAGCAUGCCAAGCAGAUUGCUGCCAGGGACAGAGCCAAAAAGCUCUCGGUCGAAACUAAUAGAAGACGCAAAGCUCUUGAAACCAAAAAGAAGCUAGAGGCACAGAGAGAGGCUAAGAGACGACAAGAAGUACUUGAUGAGAGGCGACAGAGACAAAGGGAAGCUACUAAUAGAUAUCAGAGACAAAACAAAGGCUCAGCUCGAAGGCAUGAAUUUCAUCAUACAGCCCCUGCAUAUCCAGGUGCUCCCCUGCAUGACAAUGUUCAUAUUGCCAGAGGUUAUCGCAUGGAAUCGCCUCAAAGUCAUGGGAGUGGAACACCUUCACUAGAUGAUGUUCUUCAGAUGGUUGGUGUGCCCACAUCAUUGUCCCUCAAAUAUGGGCAAGGUUAUUCCACCUACCAACACAAUGGAACAGUCCCAGCAUCCACAUACCCUACAACAUUCAAUUACAGUGGAGCUUAUGUAGACACUAAUGCCAACGUUGCUUCUGGGGGUGAGGUUAGAGGGUAUGCAAAACCAACACAAUCUGCACUCCAAUCUGUUGCAAAGCAAGGAAGGACAGAUUCACGGACCAGUUUGAUUGAACAAGAGAUUGCAGAGCAGCAACAGAAGCUGAUUGAGCAACAGCAGAGGACGUUACAGGAGUUCAGUCAAGCCAUUCAAAAUGAAGCGAGUAAAGCGGGUAGUGAAAGUGGUCUUCACCGGAGUGAAAGCUUGUCAAGUGUUGAUAGUCUGGAAGAACAUCGGAGAGAAAGAGAAGAUUUGACCCAGAGCUAUGGGACCAAACACCAGAGGGCUCAUGCCACUUCAAGUUAUGAAAAUCUGAGUGGUGUGCCCGUUUCCAAUGGCCCUGGGGUUGGGCAGAAUUCUGAAGUGAAGAAAGAUCUCAGUAACUACAGUUUAUAUCACAAUAAUGUUUUGAUGAGAGGUAACAAUGAUAAACAGACUCAUGGUGGCCAAGAGACGAAGCAGUCAACCAGGACUACUUUGAAUAUCAAGAAUGAUUCAGUUUAUGAUGGCAUUCAGCCUAAAGGGGUUGCUUUUAAUGGAAUCACACAAACUGCCUCUGCACACAACGCCACCAAUGGUACACUGAAUGGUACUGCAGUUAGGUCACAGAACGGUACAACUGAAAAGACCACUAUCGGUAAUGGAACUUAUCAAGAGAAAAAUGGUACAGCUCAUGCUUGGUCGAAUUCCAAAGCCAGUAAACCCCCUAUUCAGCAACAUGUCAGUGCACCAACAGCAAGCACUAGUCAAAGAUCUAGGCCAUAUUCAGCAAGGACCACAGCAACCGCAGUUACUGUUGCUCCAGCUGUAUCAUAUCCAGCAAGAACUCAAGAAGCUGAAGCACAGCAGUCAAAUGCUUCAGCAAAUGCUUCUGCUAGAGGAACUGAUGCCUAUGGAGGAAUGGGUUCUGUGAUGCCUUAUCCUCCUCAAGAUAGAAGGUUUGAGGAAACUCCUCAACAAACAAUUGCACGUGAGGACAUCACACUAGAAGAGGAGGAAGAGCCAGAAGUUGUGUCACCUCCUAAGAGUAUCUUAAAACGGCACAAGAGUGAGACCCCUACCAAAGAUCGUAAAGCAAAAGGACUGGCGGCUGCAAUCAUGAAGGACAGCCUUGAUAUUGGCAAACAGAGCGGAAUCAAAUCCCCAAAGAAAGGUGUUCGCUGGACGGAUUUGACGUACAGCGAUGAUGAGAGCGUAGAGACACAAGCAGCAGCUGAAAAUGCGACAUCUGUUCGCAAACCAAGGAUCAUAUCAAGUGUUGAUGCAAGGACUGUACAAGAGAGGUUAGGUGGUAAGACAGACAAUGUUGUUUCAGGCAUUCCACCAAGACCAAAAUCUGGAAAUGCUAAUGGCUCAAAAGGAAAAAGUAGCAUGCAAUUGAAAAAUAAUCGCUUCCCAAAUGGUACUGAAAGUAAACAGAAUGUUGUUGAUAAUGAUAGGGCUGCUGCAGGGAAAGCACCUGUCAUUCAGAAUGGAGUUAGAUUAGACAAGACGCCCACGGAUGAUGAAAUCAAUUGGUUAUGGGAUAAGGUUAGGACAUGUUUGAAUACACGAGAAGAUGGGACAGACCAGAAGAAUGGCCAUGUUCCACAGACACCUAACACAAGGCAGUCAUCCAGUACAAACCCACACCAAGAUCAGAGGAUAACGGCAAACCUUCGAGUGGCCCCACCAUCCAACAAGCCACGGUUCAGCCAGUACAAUGAUACACUCAGAAGACAGAUCAUAGUCCCUCGUUACAGGACUAACAGUGACUCUGGAACCCAUGUCCAGCAGACGCCUGCUUCUCAGCAACGGCGCCCUCAUGUGAGGAGUUCCAGUGCAUCUAGGACCAAUGGACAGCGUGGACCAGAGCCUAGCCAACAAGGACCAGGAAGAUCUGCUACUGUAGCUCAGCAGUAUAGUACACCAGGAAUGACAGAUAGUCUUAUGGCCUUUCAACAAGCAGAACAGAUGGUACAGCAGAACGCUGAUGAAGCUGACGUAGCAGCAGUGAUUGAUCAGCAGAGAUUACAUCACCAAGGCCAUCAAAAUCACAAAGCCAAUCCAAGUGCACUAUCCAUGGAGGAGGCCAAGGUAUUAGAGUCAUUAGAUCGACUGAAUGCAAGACUCAAAACUGUGACAGCUGACAUGAAUGGAUCUUUUAGUCCCAUAUAUCCAGCAAUGCCACCUAGACCUCCGCAACAUAAACCCCCAAAUGAAGUCAUAGAUGAUGAGAAUUCUGCAGGGUUCAGAGGUCAUCGUCCUAUGAGUUCACGACCCGGGGCUAACGGGGUCACGAGACCAAGUUAUCGGACAAGGGCUCAGUCAGCCGACAGGAGCAACGGUAGAAUGGGACAUCACAGAUGAGUUGGGACUUCCUCAGAGGAGAGCAGUUCUGCCCCAGAUGGAUGUCUGAAAAGAAUCAUGCUUCUUCUGCUUUCAUAGCUGUGUAGGACAUCACAGAUGAGCUUGAGAGACACUGAGAGAAGGGUAGUUCUGCCCAUGGCAGAUGUCUGAAUGAGUAGUCUUUACUUCUCACACUAGGUUGAAACAAAAAGCUCUUCUCAUGGUUGAUGUCAGUACAUGCUCCUAUGUAGAGUAGCCUCCAAAAACUUCUUACAGGAAUUUUAAGUAUGGCUUAUGUUGAUGCUAAAGCUCCUGCUCCUACAUCGAAGAGCUGUUGCUGCUCCUGCACCAGUGGUGCAGUGGUCCCUGAUAGAUUUAUUUACAUUCCUCGAGAUUGUCAACUUACCGCUUAGAAUCAGGGAGAUGGAGAUGUUGUAGGAAAUCUAUUUGAAAUCUCAAUUGAAUUGUGAAAUUUGUGUUAUUGAUGGAUUGAUUUGGUCUGUAGAAAAUCAGUUUAUCCUUUCUGUUGCAAGAAGCAGGUUGGUAAUCUGUUAUUAAAUUGCAAAUGUUUUCAAACUUCUGAUUGAUUUUGAGAUUGACUUUUCAUGCAACACUUCUCUCCAAGGAAAUCUUGUCAACAAAGAGAGAAAAUCCUUGUAGAGUCUUGUAGCUCAUCAGAUGAUAUUUUUGCUCUGAGUUUCACUCUGAGCCUGACUCUUCUCCAUAACAUUGAAAUCAUGUGACUAGUCAUAUGACUAAUGAAGCUUAAAAACACCUUGAGGAGACCUUAAGGAUGACAAUAUCCAUUCCUCUCCUUCUUGGCUUGUAAAGCUUUUAUUGUGUGUGUGAUCUUUUGUAAAGAUAGCCAAUAGCUGCACUGCACUGUAUCUUCAUUUCAAAAUCACAAAAGAAAUAGAAUUAGGAUGCUGGUUUUGCCAUCCAUUGCAAAUUUGCCUUUCAGAAGUUUACUGUUGCAAAUCAUGAAACCUUUGUCUGUGGUAGUGCCUUUGUAGUGUGUGCAAAUGAUACUGGUCAUUCGGUGUCUGCUAACAUAUACAUACUUUUAUGAAGAACAUAGGAAUAUUUUUUGAAGAGUUCAUUAAAGUUGUAGGUACAAGUUGCCUUACACACCACAGGAAUAUGACAUGUCAAAUAUUUUUGCUAUGAUGUUUAGAAUGAUGUAAUGUUCCAAUGAAUGAAGUCAUUUACAGUCAUAUUUCAGUUCACACUUAUACAUGUGAACUUUUUAAAGGUGUUUCAUAAUAAUACAAUUACAUUUACAUUCAUAUUUCAGUUCACACUUUACAUGUACUUGUCUGAACAUCUUAGUCUUCUUGUCAUUUGUAUUAUUAUGAAACACCUUUAAAGAGUUACAUGAAGCUGUUGUACAUGUAGGUCAUUUGAUCUCAUUGUGUUAAAAUCUUGUGCCUUUCUAAUGCAGAAAGGCAUUUAAUUUGCUUUUUUUGUUACCUUUAACGCACAACUUUAAUAGGAGAUACAUAUAGUUUGAUAGCUUUAUGUACAGCUAAAAAGUUAUGUUGGAUAGGUUUCUUGCACUAAUACGGUUACAAGUUUUGACCAAUGAGAAACUGGAAAUAUUUCAAUUAUAUAGAGAGGCCUUGAUAGAUAAAUAUAGUAUCAUCCACAUGAGAACAUAGAGGCAUCUCACCAACAUUUGUCAUUUAACAAUAUUCCUUGGUUCCUGAUCGGCUGAGAAGCACAAUUGUAUGACUGUUACUAUGGUAACUGUCAGGUAAUGACAAUUUUUAUGAAGCAGUCUUCAUAUCUCCCAAAGCUAAUAUAGUGAUAUGAUAUGAAUCAAGCCAAUGUACAUGUAUUAAGGUAAUAUUUUGGAAGGCAAAUCAAUUUUAUUCUAUGGUAUCUCAAAGCAAAGGUGAUUCUUUUUAACUCGCUGGUUGAUCUCAUCAUUCACUAUGCAGUGUUUAUAAGCUGUAGCUACAUGGAGCUGCAUUUAUGAACUAGAAUUCAUUUAGCAUUGAAAAAAUACAGAGUGAGCAAAAUCUUCUGACAAAUAGAAAAGUUAACAAAAUGGUAGACCCUUUUCGUGUAUCCUUAGGCAGCGUAUUCAAGUAUGGACAAUUUUUUUUGUGUGUUUCAUUUUUGUCAACUCAUGCCAAAUGAGAGUAGCUUAUGCUUAAGUUUUCUACAUUAAUAUUGCUAAGAAUUAUGUUUGAAGUGAACUGAACAGUAGUAGUUUUAUUUCCAAAGUUAUACUGUCUAAAUUAUAUAUUAUACUUUGCAUUGACAAUCUAAACACAUACAUGUAAGAAACGCAAACAUAGGUUAUUAGUAGAUGACAUGUACAUGUAAUUUAGAAAAAUAAAUAUUGUAGUUUGCUGAGUGACGAUGCGAAGUUUUGCCAACUAGUCAUCAUAAAAGUUAAAUGAAUUAAUGUGAUGAUAUGAU